CACACAGCACUGCCCUUAAAAAAGACAGAUAGGGAGGGACAGACUGACAGACAGAGUUGGUGAGUCUGACUGUGACUGUGUGAGAGAUAAAGCCAGAGUUGGUCUCAGGAUGCCUGCGUACGCCACCAACAUGAGGUUGAAGUUCCCCAUCUUGGCCUUGACUUUUGAGAUUAUCACCAUCGUCCUGUUUGCAGUGUUUGUGGACUACGAUGAUGGGAAAGGUCACGGACACGGGCACGGGCAAGGGCUACCCAAUGAUACUCACCAUGAGAAGCAGCCUAUGGAACUCUACCCCAUGUUUCAGGACGUCCACGUCAUGAUCUUCAUCGGCUUCGGCUUCCUGAUGACGUUCCUCAAGAGAUACGGGUUCAGCAGCGUGGGCGUCAACUUGCUCCUGGCUGCCUUCGGCCUGCAGUGGGGCCUCCUCAUGCAGGGCAUCUGGCAUCUGGAUGACGGCAAGAUCAAAAUCGACAUCUUUAAAAUAAUCAACGCAGACUUCAGCACAGCUACGGUCCUGAUCUCCUUCGGUGCCGUUCUGGGUAAAACCAGCCCUGUGCAGCUCCUCAUCAUGACCAUCCUGGAGAUCACCCUCUUCUCCGUCAAUGAGCAUCUGGUGGCUAACUCUUUAAAAGCUAAUGAUGUGGGAGCAUCGAUGAUCAUCCAUGCUUUCGGGGCUUACUUUGGCUUGGCGGUGGCUCGUGUGCUUUACCGACCAGGUUUGAGAAACGGACAUGAGAACGACGGAUCUGUUUAUCACUCGGAUAUGUUUGCUAUGAUUGGAACCGUCUUCCUGUGGAUGUUCUGGCCCAGCUUUAACUCGGCCAUCGCUGAUCCAGGUUACACCCAGCUCACCGCUGUGAUCAACACCUACCUCUCCCUGGCUGCCUGUGUGCUCUCUGCCUACGCCAUCUCCAGCCUCGUGGAGCACAAAGGAAAACUGGACAUGGUGCACAUUCAGAACGCCACCUUGGCUGGUGGCGUUGCCGUGGGAACAUGUGCCGACAUGAACAUCGGGCCGUUCGGGGCCAUGCUGAUUGGAUUCAUCGCUGGCAUCAUCUCCACCCUGGGCUUCAAGUUCCUGAGUCCCAUCCUGGCAUCCAGCCUGGGUAUCCAGGAUACCUGCGGUGUCCACAAUCUGCACGGCAUGCCCGGCAUCCUGGGCGGCCUGGCUGGUAUUGUGGCUGUGGCUUUGGGGAAGAAAGACGGUAGCGCUGCCAUGCAAGCUGCCGCGUUGGCUUCGUCUCUCGGCUUCGCUCUGGUUGGAGGUGUUGUGACAGGUUUAAUAAUGAAGCUGCCGAUCUGGGGACAGCCUCCAGACCAGAACUGCUUCGACGACUCUAUUUACUGGGAGGUUCCUGAGGAGGAGGAAGAGAACGAGGAGAGCUUGGCUCAUGCAGAUCACUCAAAGAACAAAGCAGAAGCUUAAAUAUCUGCCUCCUGUCCAUGUAGACACAAAUGAAGGAUUAUUAAUAGCAGCACUGUGUAACAAUUUGUCAGUUUUAUUAAUUUCAUUUUAAAAAAUAGGCUUUUAAAAAAUGGAAACCUUCGUCCAUUUUGUGAAAAACUAAAUUAUCUGCAAAUAGGAUAUUUUCAAGUGGUUUAAAUUUGUAAUUAGGACGGGCACGAAAAGAUUUACACAUUAGAGGCUAAAAAACAUACACGAGUGAUUAUAUAAAGAUGUGUUGAAGCCAAUUUACACACAGAGAAAGAACCUUAAACUUCAGGGAUUUUUUUACACUGAAAGUUUUAAUAAUCUCCAACAUUCAUGAACCACUGCACACUCUAAAACAAAUGUUUGAGCUCAGCUAGAGGAACUAGUGUACUGCUGCUGCUCUUUUUGAGUAAUGCUAAGGAAAUUAUGUUCAACCAGCAAACUACACUGAGUUAGAGGAAUAAACUUAUCCUCCACGGUCUGAGAUAUUUAGUCUAAUCUGAAACUGUCCAGGUAUGUUAAAGACAGAGGAGGAAACUCAAAAUCCUGAACUCAAGGUGAUGAAAAAGGAAGCUAAUUUCAUUAAGUUUCUUUCACUUGUAUUCAGUUUUAAAUCAACUAAUGAUCAAGUUUAAGUUUAAAUUACACAAAAUAAUAAGUUGAUGCAAUUACCACCAUUAUUAUGUCAACACCACCAAUCAGAAUAAUGUUUGCAACUUUAAAAAAUGCGUCUAUAUUUUGCAACCGUGCGUUUAAUUCAGUAGUGGGAAUAGGCGCCUUGAAUUACUUCUAGAGUGUACAAAACACAGUGGGCCACUCCACAGCUUCACUGCUGAUUACUUGUAUAAGCUUUUCUUUAUGUCAUUUUAUACUAUAAAAAGCAUGUUUGUUUCUUUUUUAAGAUAUUAGUAUAGUUUGUAUUUUUCCUCGUACAUUUCCUUACACCUGACUUAUGCAUUUCUGCUGAAGCUCAGGUCAAAGCGAGGAGUUAAACCCGGCUUUGAUCUGCUGCUUCGCUUUACCUCACUGGAGCCCAGUCCUUCUGCAAGGAGUCAGAGUCGGGACUGCGUGAAAGCGGCAGCUCUUCACUCUGACAUGGGCAGGGAUAGUCGCGUAACGUUCCUGUAACUAAUAAACCUUGGUGUCUUGUCUUGUACUCCUUCCAAACAUUUUCUAUCCCUCUGAUGACAGCUGUACAAUUUAGCAUUCGACUGGCACGCCGGCGCUUGUGUUUUACUCAGUCUUCUAUUUACGGCAAACGUAUUCUUACAUGUACAUACAGUUUAGUUCUUAGAUGGUUUGACAAGGUCAGUUUUAUCGAAACUAAAAAGCAGCAGCUGGUACUGAAGGUUUUUUUGUCAAAGAACUUAACAGACAUCUGCAUAGCAAUCUGGCAAUAAGAUGUUUUCACCGUUCCCGCCGUGCCAUUAUCUGCUGGUUUUGUACCUGUUUCUGCUGAUGGUGUUUUACUGUUAGAUUUGACUUUCGAGCCGUCACAACUGCAGCACACCUCAUGCAUAUUCUAUAGGAUUAAACCUCACUUUGUCCUCUGAUUAUUGUUUUUAACCGUAAGGUGGUGAUGUGCCAGAGGACAGUUUUAUUCUGUGUUUAACAUCAAAGCACAGGACUGAGAGCUAUGGAUGAAACUGACUACACAAAGAGUUAAUCGAUGAUAUUCUGCUUUGAUAAAUGAUUUAGGAAGCCCAGAACACUGAAAUGCAUCAAGAUUUUGUAUUUUUAUACAGUGAGUGUAAGCUCUUAUUUGUAUAAUAUACUAAUACUGUCAUAAUAAAUAUGUUUUUGUACAAUG